AUACGCAAUACAAUUUCUCUCUCAUUUCCUCUGUAUUUUCUGGGCUUCUCUAUUAGAGCUUUCACUGUGUUGGAAGAAGGGUCUAGUUGUGGAAGGAAUAGAGGUCAGGCCAGAAAGAAAGGAAUACUGCGAGCGCAAAGGCAAGGCAAGGGCGAAAGAGCGAGCCAAAGGCAAGAGAGCAAUGACCAUGAUCUUAUUAUUAAUCCACUCAUUUGCCGAUGACACGGCCUUUAAUUUCUGGAUCGUCUUCGCUUCACAAGCCACCCAAAUUCAUAUUGGCCGGUCUGAAUCUGCUAAUAAGGUUGGUAAAGUUUAGAUGAUAAUACAAGUUUUCUAAUUUUUGUUUUGUUUGCAUUGUUGAUUUGCUGUAAUUAUGUCUAUGAGUCUGAACUUUCUGGGAGGAGCACCUUUUCAACUCCUAUACGAUGGUGUUAGGGUAGCCAUAGGUAGAACUACCAAGUUCAAAGCCCUCCUCUUAAAUCUCGAAUCGACGCUAGACUGUUUGCAACCACGAGUCAUCCAGCAGAUAAGAGACCAUAAUGUGGAGCUGAAUCUCCCAAACGAUAUAAUUCAAGACCUGCAAGUGAAAAUGGAUGAUGGUGUGGCACUCAUUGCCAAUUUAUCUAGGCUUAGCGUGUGGAACUGUCGCGUAUGGGGGGACUGUUGCAACUGCAUGAAGCCUAGCUAUGCAGACCAACUUGCUGCAUUGGAUAGGUCUCUUAGACGACUGUUGGAGAUACUAAAGCUUGAGCAGAUGAGGAACGUGGUGGAGCUCUUGCUUUUGGCAAGGAGAAGUAAUGACCGACAAGAUGACUUGGAGAGAAGACAGUUGGAAAUUCUGAAAGCGCUGCAAGAAACCGGGGAUAUGUUAAGAGCGCAGCAGGAAGUAAUGGAGAGAAUUGAAAGGAAUGGUGCUGCAUCUUCAGACAGAGGAGGGUCAGCUCCUGCUCCUGCUCCUGCUCUAGGAACAGUAUUUAGGGUGUUGUUUGAUGUUGUUAUCAGAGUAAAGGUCAAGAAUAUGAUGUAUGAGCGAAUCCUCAAAGAUUUUGAAUCCACUCUUGAAUGCUUGAAGCCACUUAUAGAAGAGAUGGUGGAGUCUAACAAGUUGCUGCAUCUUUCAAAUGAGGAACAAGAAUAUUUCAUAAUGCAAAUGGAAAAGGGUGUAGAGUUAAUUCACCAGUGCUCUGAGGCUUGCAAGAGAGGAAUAAGGUAUAAAAAGUACGAAUACACCAAGAAACUUCUGGGAUUGGAUGCAUGUCUUCAAAGGCUUUUCAUUGAACUCAAAGAGCAGGUAGUAAGGAAUGUGAAGGAGGCCUUGGUGCUUAUAAGUAACUUGGAAAAAGAGAUCACAGAAAUUGAAGGGGUUGUUGUGGUACAAAGUGAUGAAAUUGAGUGUUCGAUUCCAGCACCUCAACCCCGAUCACCUUUAGUUGGAGAGGAUUUACAAAAUGUGCAGAUAAAUCAAGAGGUGAUCGAGGCUCUAUGUCCCCCCCUUGUAUUAUGUGGUUUCAUUAAUCAAGGCUUGAGGGCAACUGCAACCGCACCCGCACCGGCCUUCGUUUUUAUAGAAAAUCAAGAGGUGAUCGAGGAGACAUUCGAUGCAGUAAGCAACUUAGAAGAGGAGAUCAAGGAAAUUAGAGAAGUUCAUGUGGUACAAAAUAAUGAAGUACAAAGUAAAGGUCCUCAACCUUCAUUGCCUACAGCUGGAUCCAGUGUACAAAGUAUGCAGGGAACAAGGGAUGUGAUCAAGGAAAGAUGGGACUCGGAAAAGUUGCCGGAUGUCAAGCAAAUUAAAGGGAAAGGCUUGUUCGAAUAUCCGGUUACUGGUGAAUAUGAACUUCCACCAUUUCCAGUGGGACUUGCACAGGAAAGAGAAGAUCACGCUGAUGCAUUCAGUAAUGCAUCAUUGGAAGAACCGGUUGAUGAAUUGGAUAUGCAUGUCAGCUACUUGAAACGGAAGCUUUUACAUGGUGGUCACUUAGCCAUUGUGCUGACGGGACCUGAAGGAUGCGGGAAAACUAGAUUGGCAGAAAAGUUUUGUCAAGAUGAGGAAGUCAUAGAUGAAUUCAAGAACAAUAUUUUCUUCGUCCCUGUUUCGGAAAGCCCCAAAUUGCAGCUUAUUGUUCAAAAACUAUAUCCAGAGGAGGGUUACAGGAAAAUUAUGUUGCCAGAUGAAAAUGGAGUUCAUGCAAUUCAGUGGCUGCAAGCAUUUGUUAAGCAUGUAGGACAUCAUCGUUCUCUGUUGGUCCUAGAUGAUGUCUGGCCUGGAUCUGAAUCCCUUCUUGAUGAGUUUGAUGAAUUCAAAAGGUCAAAUUUCAAGAUUCUGGUGACAUCAAGAUUCGAAUUUCCUAGAUUUGGUUCCUCCUAUUAUGCAAUGACGGAUGAUAUACUUAGGGUAGGUAGAUAACAUGAAAAUAUUGUCAAUUGCAUGUCACAGCCAAGGAAAAGAAAAAGAAUAAUGAGGGUAAGAACAAGGAAAGAAAUGAGAAGUCUCUAUGUUUGUGUACAUUUCUAAUGCCUUAUACUAUAUUGGAUUGAUUGUGUUAAAUUGGCAGAACUCAGUAAGCCAUUUAUAGAACAGAAAAAUGUCUUCUGUGUAAAAUUACUAACAAGAAAUCCAUCAUUUACACACUGUUAUUAAAGGAGACUUCUUUAUUUGUCUUGGAUGUGAAUAAUUGUAAGAAUUUGAUAUUUUUUCAAUCCAAAAGUUGAUUCCAUUUUGCUAACUAAGAGCGCUACUUAAAUUUAUAAAAUGAAAUGCUCUUUGUAUUAGUUUAUUGUUGCAAUUGCUACCAGAAAACCACCAGGCAAGUACUGCAUGAAAUUUUCGAUUUAAAAUUUAUAUAUUAGUACAAAGCUUAAACAGUCACCCGGAGGGUGAAAUUAUCUUCCAACAACAGCUUUCUUAACAUUGAUCUUCACACUUUCUCAGUAGCCAGUCUUUUCUUUUUCAUUGUGGCCUUCAACGUCAGAAUGAUCACCUAGCUAGACCAUAGCAACGAUGAAUUAUUGAGCAACCACGUUUAUAAGGGCUAGAGGGCGGUUCAAUAGGAACACAACCCGGAAUUAGUUUUCCAAGAGAGGUUUUGCAAGGCUUAGGGAGUUUGAGGGAAAUCCUUCUAGCGGCAACCCCGUGGUCCAGCGCCACCAUGCUAACAAGUAGCAGGCAGAAGAUUAAUGAUUUCAUGUUUGACGAUCCCAUGAUCUGAGGCUUCAUUCACAUUUGUUAUAUCUUAUUCAAUACGUGUAUGAGAGAUUGGCCAUUUAUAUGAGUUUUC